CGGAAAAUAGCUGAAGGAAGUGAUCUUGUAUUGUCUUAGGGCCGCAAAAAUCUUGUUAAAUUCAUCGCGAUCUCUCGUAAAAAGAUUUUAAAACGGAAACAAAGCAAUGACACAUCGAAAUGAAACGAUGAUCUUUCGUGAUCAGCGUGCUGAUGACUGAUAUUAGACACAGAAAGAAAGGAAGUCGAGUUUUCGAGAACUAUGUUAUCGACUUGGACGAUACCUACAGAUCCAGGUUUUGAUACAAGAAGACCUACAAACGAAGAUCGAUACAGUCCAGUGUACGCUGAAAGGCUACCAAAGGCUAGAGUAAAGCCUGAAGCACUUUCAAAUGCGAUAAAAAACCAGGGAACCCUGGCGCAGUUGUUUAAUCCUUCGGCAAGACCUUACUCCGUCGGAUCAAGACCAGCUUCAGCGCAAAACAAGAAUUUUGCAAAAGAAAAUGUCCAUCGAAUUAAAGAAAUACAGAAAGCAAAUCGUGAAAAACAGCGAGGGUCUACCCCAAGUGAACCAGUGAAGGCUGUUUAUAAACCAGGAAAGUUUGAUUCUGUUGAAUCCAAGGUGGCCCUAGAAAUUAAGGCAGCCCCACCACCUCUAAAGCGUUCCAACUCUGCCACAUUUCUGCGAGCUGGCUCAAGGAAUGGUCCCCCAGUCAAGGACCGCCCAACUUCUUGUGAACCAGUGGUACCUCGUGAAAUGAAACUGACUGUUCCCAAAGCAACCAUAGCUAAAGAGCACAAACCCCAAGUUAAAAAUGUUAACCACAUCGGCCAAAAUGUCCGCCGAGCCCCUUCACCUCUUAGACCCCGCCCGCCCUCAGUUAUCGCAGCAGAAGAAUUAGCAGCCAAGAAAAAACAGCAAGAAAAGCGAUACCAGAAAGGAAAAGUACCUAAAUACCUGAAAGAGCGUCAAAAACAGUGGGAGGAGGAAGAAAGAAUAAGAAUCGCCAACACACCAGAUCCAAGUAUACCUCCUGGACACACUCUGAUGCCCAGAGAAGAACGGCUACAGACUCUGGCAGGCCUUCAAAAAAAUCAAACAGAACUUCUCGCCCAACUAAACGCACUUCCCGUUCGAGUCGACACACUGAGAGUAAAGACUGCAAAAGCUGACCUUGAAAGGAAACUCGCAGAGAUAGAGGGCGCUAUUAAGAUAUUUUCUCGACCUAAAGUGUUCGUUAAAGUGGACGACUGAUAACCUCUGUUUUACGAUGAUGAAAGAGCGAGAGAAAGAGAGAGAGAGAGAGAGAGAGAGAGAGAAAUGAAACAUCACUUGCGUUGUAAAUAUAUACGUUCAGUUUGUCAAGGAUUUAAAACUGGGACCUUCGUAGCUAACAAAUUCUGAAAAUCAUAAAGACGUAUUUUUUAAGAAUUGUAUAUACUGUGCAAAGAGAUAUGAAAACAGAGAGUCAGUUUCGUUUGUAGAAAUUAAUUGAUUUCACCUGCCACUGCGUGUAUAAGUUUUGCGUUAUGUGUGAGACAGAGGGAAACUAAUUUUAACAUUUAUAUUAGUGUAUUAAACUAAAGUAACAAAGAA